CCUCACCUAGCCUCUCCUUCCCCUGCUUCCUCCAUCAGAUUGGUUUGUGAAGAGGGGGGGCGGGGGAGGGGGGACUGAGGCGAUGUCGUUUUGGCCCCCUUUCAGAUCUCCUGAGAGCGUCAGAUGAAUAAAGUCAUUCAGAUUCACCGGAGCUGUAUAAAAUAACAACGGAGAUCUCUCUUCCUCUCUCUCUCUUUUUUAAACUCGUCCUAAAAUGGCAACCAUGAGUGACCAGGGAGGAUCAAAAGACGCAUUCGGGCGCAAGCCCGCCUCGCGGAGAAAUUAACCACCUGAUGGGCACCGGAGGAAACGAGGAGAGACUGUUUAGGUGUCGCUUGUUGACUUGGUGAUUUACAAUGCUGAGCAAAUAAGGGGCGCUGCAAGUUUGACCGAGCGUCUGCGUAACAGGCUAUGCCACCGGCCUUUACAUCUGAUCUUUUUCCUUCUUUCUUCUUCUUCUUCUUCUUCUUUUUUUUUUUGGAUAUGGUAAUGAUGUCAUGAAAUACCGGAGGAGGGGGGGGGCUGUACCUAAACUGGAAGAGAUGGCAAUCAGUAUCAUGUAAGUAGGAUACAUGGGAUUCGCUCAGCAUGGACCCAUUUGAGGUGUGUUUGCUAUUCUGACUUUCUCGCAUUCACGACUGAUUGGUCGAGAGGCUUCAUGCCUCAUUUUGUCUCCCUGCGCGCGCUGAGCUGCAACUUUUGUCCUCUGGUCUGCGUCCACAUCACAGCGCGCGAGCGCUUACUGUAAGCGUCCGCGGACCGAAGCGCUCACUGACUUAAAAUGGAGUUUGCUAUGGUGGGCGCGGACGGUGGGUGCAACAGCCACCUGCCUUACGGAUAUGCCCAGGCUCGCGCGCGGGAGAGGGAGCGCGAGAGGGAGCGCCAGGCUGCCCACACCAGAGCGGCGGCCGCAGCGGCUGCUGCCGAAGGUGGAACGUGCACGGAGGGAGGUGGAGGAGGAGGAGGUAGCUGCGGUGGCGUCGGGGGGUCCACCUCCAACACCUCCUCGAGCGCUCAUCCCCUUAACAACCGCCAGCAUCAGUCUCGCGCCGCCUCCUCCGCGAACGCCAACAUCAGCAGCGGCGGUACCGCCUCGCGCCCCUCCUCCUCCUCCUUCACCUCCACCACCACCUCCACCUCCUCCUCGCAGCAGAACCAGCAGGAGCCCGAGCAGCAGCAGAGAUUUGUCCGAGAGCGGAAAAAGCAGCGCGGCGUCGGACGCUGGAGACGGAACCGGGGCACUCUCGGUGGGGACCUGCGCCACUCCGAGCUGGCUCUGCUCGGAUCCGAGGAGGACAUCAUGAUAGAGGAGGAAGAGGCCGAAGGAGCCGAGGAAGAGGAGGAGGAGGGGGAGGGGGGCGGGGGCGACCGGGGGAGCAAAAGGUCGAGUUUUUUGUGCAACAUGGAUGAUGAGGAGGAGACCGUGUCGAUCACCGACAGGCGGCCCCAGUCCGGAUACGAAAACGUUUACAGCGAGUGCGGCUGCUGCGAGAGAGUUGUCAUCAACGUGUCGGGUCUGAAGUUUGAAACUCAGCUCAAGACGCUCACUCAGUUCCCGGACACGCUCCUGGGAGAUCCGGACAAGAGGAUCAGGUACUUCGACCCGCUGAGGAACGAAUACUUCUUCGACCGGAACCGACCGAGUUUUGACGCCAUUCUUUACUACUACCAGUCAGGCGGGCGCUUAAAAAGACCAGUCAACGUCCCAUUUGACAUAUUUUCCGAGGAGGUCAAGUUUUAUGAACUCGGGGAGGAGGCGAUACUAAAGUUUCGGGAGGAUGAGGGCUUCGUCAAAGAGGAGGAGAAACCUCUGCCGGAGGAUGAGUUCAAGCGCCAGAUUUGGCUGCUCUUUGAGUAUCCGGAGAGCUCGAGCCCUGCCAGGGGGAUCGCGGUCGUGUCCGUCCUUGUUAUUGUCAUUUCUAUUGUGAUUUUCUGCCUGGAGACGCUGCCGGAGUUCAGGGAUGACAAAGAGUAUCUACAGCCACGAAACAACUCCUCUCAACCCGAUCACGGAUUUACUCCUUUUAACGACCCGUUUUUCGUCGUGGAAACGGUCUGCAUCAUCUGGUUCUCGUUUGAGAUUAUAGUUCGCUUCUUUGCCAGUCCGAGCAAAGCUCACUUCUUUAAAAACAUUAUGAACUCCAUAGACAUUGUUUCCAUUUUGCCUUAUUUCAUUACUCUCGGCACGGACCUGGCGCAGCAUCAGGGCAACGGACAGCACGCGAUGAGUUUCGCCAUCCUGAGAAUAAUCCGCCUCGUCAGGGUGUUUCGCAUCUUCAAGCUGUCCAGGCACUCUAAGGGGCUGCAGAUCCUGGGUCACACCCUGCGCGCCAGCAUGAGGGAGCUGGCCCUCCUCAUUUUCUUCCUGGUCAUAGGUGUCAUCCUGUUCUCCAGCGCGGUGUACUUCGCCGAGGCGGAUGAACCCACCUCGCAGUUUACGAGCAUCCCGGACGCGUUUUGGUGGGCUGUAGUGACCAUGACCACAGUGGGUUACGGAGACAUGAAGCCCAUCACUGUGGGUGGGAAGAUAGUGGGCUCCCUCUGCGCGAUCGCGGGCGUGUUAACCAUUGCGCUCCCGGUCCCGGUCAUAGUGUCCAACUUCAACUACUUUUAUCACAGGGAGACCGAUAACGAGGACCAGUCGCCGGUGGUGGAGAGCAUGCCCCCGGGCUGCCCGUACUUCCCUGACUUUCUAAGAAAAUUCAAAGGCUCGCCCUCUGGCUCCUCGCUCGGUGACAAAGCGGAGUAUAUGGAAAUGGAGGAGGGGGUGACGGAGUCGCUUUGCGGGCUGGACAAGAGCCCAAGUAAAGGAAACGGCACAGACAUAAGCAGAAAAAACAGUACUAACUCAAAAUCCAUUCAGACUGACGUGUGAUUACAAUUAGAGUUUAUUAUUAUUAAUUAUUUUUCCUGAAGAAGAAGAACACGCCCUAUAAAGAUAAUUUUGAACAUCAUUUCUGCCCAACAGCAGGUGACCCCCUCCCGCCCUCACUUCCCCAACACAAGUUUGAAACACGCCUCUCACACACACACACACACACACACACACACACACACACACACACACACAUGUCUGGUUUGCUAUCCUCGUGGGGACAUCCCAUUGACAUAAUGCUUUCCCUAGCCCCUUACCCUAACCCUAACCAUUAAAAAUGAAUGCCUAACCCUAACCCUUACCCUAAACCUAACCAUAACCUAAUUGUAACCCUGACAGUAAAACCGCAUUUUGAGUGUGAAAAUUGCUUUCAACCCCGAGGGGACCUGGAUUUUGGUCCCCACGGUGCAGAAAGUCCCCACCAGGAUAGUAAAAGUCAGAUUUUGGUCCCCACCAGGAUAGUACGAACCCGUACACACACACACACACACACACACACACACACACACAUUCAUGCCACUGAUUGGCAGGUUGUGAUGCUUCAUCUCUCUCUUUCUCCUGUUUUUAACCAUCGCGCACUUCUCUAACAGCAGCCUUUCCCCCAAACCAUCUUCACCACACACCAGUCUAUUUGUUCAUCUAAGCUGUGCGGGCUUCCAAAUCUGACAUCAAAUUGAAAUUCUAGUAAAGACAGGCUAUGCAUUCGCACUUUAUGAGUUUCAUCUGUCAAUAACAGAGAGGUAUAGGGAUGAUCGUUUUUGCUGUUAUGCAAUAAAGUUCAAAAUCUGUUUGCACUAAUGUAGAUUUUUUUUUUGCGCUGGGUUUUGGCAGAUUUGUAUUCAGAGACAGAAGCUGUAGGCCAUGAAAGUGGCGCGUAUUUAGUAAUCCUCUGACCACUUCGCUAAAGAAUGUUUGAACAACUUCCUCACAGAGAGCAGACUAAGGAUAUUAAUAAUCCCCUUUAUAUGCUGCCAGUAAAACUAAAGAAAAAAGAAAAAAUUGGAAACGAAAAUACGGAUAAGUCUUUUGUAACUGUUCCAGUAUUUAACAUUAAAGAAAAGCUAACUGAUAAGACAGCAUUUAGUAAACCAGGGCUACAGUUAUUUCUAUGACACCUACACAACUAUGUUUUUCCACAACAGGCCAAAAGAAAAAAAAGCCUUGUAUUGCUGACCCACUGCGAGAGCUAAGCACAGGAAUCAUCAGUUUAUAAAAUGGCUGGAGAAAUGACUCGCCCCAGGUUUUGUAUGGACAUGCUUGUUGGAACCUCGGCGACAGCAGUUUCCCCCAGUUUCAUUUAAACCACCUCAAAAUGACAAUAUCCCUUUACAAGGAGGCAGAUGGAAAGUUAAAGCAAAAAUGACUCAUCGUGGAAACUCAUUGGAAGGGAGCUUGCGAGCAAUUUUCUCUCCUGUCUGCUGGACUUCGUGCACAAUUCCUUUCCCCCCCACCCCGCCUCACCCACCCAAGAGGACUGCGAUUAUCUGCGAGCUCGGAGGAUCGUCAUGAUGUGGAUGUCUUCCAAGCGCUGCCAGUUACAGGGAGAGGGAGUAUCCCCGCACCCCGCCCGCAUCUCUGGAAAUCACAGAGAACAAGCAAAACGUUGUGACCGGUCAUCUUGAGCACAAGCGGACACUGAAAAGCAACAACCGGAUGACACUUGGCGUUUGGACAAUUGGAGGAGAGAGCUGCUGUAUGGUAUCAGUAAACAAACCCUCGAAGGCUGAGACUGGAGUUAGCGUAUGAGUGAGUCGCGGCCCAAAAUGAUUGCCUUAAUUACUACACAUAUAAAGAUGUAUGAAGUGAAGAUAACUAAGAAGACUUGUUAAAAAAACAGAUGUUUUAUUUACAUGUGAAAAAAGUGUCUUGUAAGGAACAGAUGUGAAUAUUUUAAUAUGAUAGAGAUAAUGUUUGGUCAUAACGUCGACAUGUUUUAGUUGGGUCGGCUUCGUAGGUGUCAUAGGUUACUAAAUGGUGAGUUUGCUCUCUGCUUCUGUGCGGCCAGCAGUAUGACUUUUUUUAAAAAAAAAGAAAUCUCGUUUCAUAUUGUCAACCAAACAAGGCUGGCCUGAGUUGCUCGCUUAUCUGCUGGCAAAAAAAAAUUAAAUAACGAUCUGCGACACAUUGUGUCAUAACACAUGGAAAUCCUCGUUCGGAAAGUGUAUAGGGUUGGGAGAGAAAUACGAGACAUAUAUUGACUGGCUCAAUGCAACACACUGAAAUACAUCAGAAGAUUAUCCUCUUACAUUAAGAUCCACUUACACUAAAGCAAAGAUGUCAGGCACAUAAACACCCAUCAUAAAUAUCAGCCACACUCACUUUCUAUCACAGCAGACGAAACUCGCCGGGCUCUCACUGCUCGAGAAUCACUGACGUAAAGACGAAAUACCUUACGUUUUUUUUCUCCGAUGCAAAUUUAGAGCUGACCAGCUGCUUUGUUGAUAUGUUUUCACUUUGAAUUUACCUGUAUGCAAAAGUAACAUGGACGUGUGUUCUAUAUUUUUUUAAACCUAGCCUUGAUAAUUACAUUAACCAAAGGUGAAACCCUGAAUUUACUGUAUGUUGUGGACUUCUGGAAAAUGUUGUGACAUAGAUGCACACUGAAUAGGAAAAAAAAUGUAAAUACCAGACGUUUCUACUUGUGUGUCCUAAGAUGUGUUUCGCAGAUAGAGUAAUUUGAGACUUUUCACUUUCUUUGACUGUUAUGACCAUCCACCAUAAUCCUCUGUGUUCAGUUUGUCCGUUUCACUUUCUUCAUAUUGUUGCGAAUGCUGCUCCAACAUUCUUCAGUGUACUUCUUUAUUUCAUUUGUUCCUUUUUCUUCUUUUGUCUUUUUAACAAAACUCCCAUUGAAAAUCCACUUACCUAUUUAUUUGGCAUAUUGAGACAUGAGGUUACUGAUGUCAUUUGUGCAACUUUGUGAGAGGGGCGCUGGCAUUUGUUACCGCUCUUAGAUCUGCAAAGUUGCCUGUGAAUACAAUGAUUAGAAAUGUCCACUGACAUGCCAGUAGUAGUAAAUCAUAUCACAUACAUACAUAUAUAAAUAUAUUUUAAUGAAGACAUUGUUUUCCUUUAAAAAGCACCCUUUACAUACUCUAUUUGCUUUAAUGGCACAUGGAAGCUUGUGUCCUUCAUCUUAUCUUCCAAGUUCUCAUGUGUGCUCUUUUUCUGAAAAUCCAUAUCUGUAAUUACCUCAAUAUAGUGACCCUUACGAAAGAUGUUUACUGAAUGUUCCAAAUAUUUCCUUGGUGUCAAAUUCUUUUCUUCUUCUUCUUUUUUUAAAAAUCACCCUAUAGCCACAAUAUUUUAAAAACAGAUGUCAGUGGUUGAUUUGGGGUACUCUUUAUAGAAAAGAUGUGUUUUUUUCGUCAGUUUACUUUAUCAUUGUGAAGAGGGAUACCAGCAGUUUAACCAAGAACACCAGUGCACAGUAGCAGAGGUUAGGGACUGUCACUUUGAAAAGUUGCAUAACAACAAAUGUGUGAAAGAAAGGAGGGGAAAAAGGUGAUCCAAAAGGAGCAAUCACACAUCCAAUUGUAGCUAAGGAUGCACACACACACACAUAUAAAUAUGUGAUGCAGCAUGUGACAGCAAACUGGUUUCAUUUAUCUACCUUUUAUGACGAGAUUGUAAUUUGAAGAUGUCAGACUGUGCGUUGGAGUUACUGCAAUAUAGUAAGAAUGAAAAUUAAUAGUCACUUGUAGGACAUUUGUUAACUUCUGAUAAAAUCUGUGCUAGCAUCAUGCAAAACCAUUGAUCACUGUAGGCUAACGAUGUGAAAGUCACACCCUUGGGCAUUGUGUCUGCGCUGAGCAGGGGGUUUCGCGUCAUGGCUAAAACGUUGGCUGGACGAGGUGUUUAUUUGCAGUUUAUGCAUCAGAAACUGUUAAACUGUAUUUUUGGGGGCAUAGUUUUAAGAAGCAUUUGCAAGCAGUGACGCUACAAUAAAUAUUUGAAAUAUUCGUGAAGUCCAGUUGUUCUUCAUUGCGUCGUUGCUGGGAUUCAUGGUCUGUAUCUUUGACCGGCUUUUUGCAUGCUGCAUCACAUAUACGUCCAAUAUUAGUGUGUGCCGAUUGUUAUUGCCAACUGAUAUUGACAGAAACAUGAUUUUCUGUGACGUAAAUUGAUUAUUUUUUGCUGGAUAAAUGUUCAGCGGUAGUGUCAUGAAGGGCGGAAACGCUUUAAAACAAUAUUCUUCUUCACUUUUGCACAGCAGAGGAAUAAAUGAAAAAAAUCAUAUCAGCACCUCCUAUCAUCUAUCAGCUAAAGUUGUUGUUUUAAACACUGCUGUUAGCCCAGAUACAGUCAGCGCAUUGUUUCUUUUAGCUACAAUUUGCAUGUUUCUUUAAAAAUCACGUUAACGUAAAACUGAAAAAAAAAUGUUUACAAAUAUAGAAAUUAUUAAGGGAAAUUAAAAUGUUUAUGAAACAAUAUAACAAAUGAUCUGGCUAUUUAGCACACAGGCACAAAGCUUUAGAGCUAUCACAUUUUUAUUUGAUAAUUAAAACAACAAUUCAUUAUACGCAGAGUUUAAGCUAAAACCGGCUCCUAGGUACUUAUCAACUGUACAGACAGUCUGUCUGUCCCCAGCAAGAAGGAUGAAAAACUUAUUACCCAAAAAUGUUGAGCUAUUUCUUUCACAGGUAGAUUAAAUCAAAAGUGUGACUGAUGUCCAAAAAUAUAUUUUCAGAAGUAAUUUCAUUACACUGAUCUUGUCAGAUUAUGUGCCUGAAGCACAAGAUGUUCCAAACCCAGAGAGGCCCAGGGACCGUCAGGAGGGGCCAGCACAAGCAUUUGAAGCUGAACAUUAGCUCACGGGGUGUUCAGAUAUCUGAGACGCAGCUAUCCCAGAUACUAUCGCACCAACUGCCAGUGAUGACCGGAAGCUGUAUGACACUGAUAUAUUUAUGAGGGACAAAUUAAUUAGCUACAGCUUGGUGUUACCACAAAAGCCAAAGAGUAAUAUUCCCACAGGUUAGUAGACAGAAAAAGAACAUGAUCAGCCUGUCAAUUGAUCCUGCAGGCCACCGCAUUCAAUCAAGCAGAGCAAAUAAGCACCAAAGGAGGCUGAAGGAAAUCUGGGCACUCUGUAACCCAUUUCCUCAAUCUAUGAAUUCAAAUAAUUUAUUUGGUUAGACUUGACAAUUGUGUCAAGCUGCACUGAUGCACAGCACUGAGUUAUAUAUGCUCUAAAAUAAAUGCUCAGAAGAAAAAUGUCACAUACAAAGACAGAAGAUUACCAAGGCGGAAUUUCAGCCUUUGAAGCAGAAAAUCAUGGACGUGUACACUAAACAGAAAGGUCCUCAGAUUAUCCAGCUUCAUCACCCAGGUCCUGUCGCGAGCAAACAGCAGCAUCACUUCUUUAAAUUUUGCACUGCUAGGCAUUCCUAAGGACGCUAAAGUGACCUGCGGUAAUAACUGCAGUGAUAAUUUGUUGUGAUUCAGCGCAGCAAAUGAGCAGAUUUUACAAAGCUGCUGGGGAGGUUACCAACAGUCUGUGUGGGGACAUUAGAUAACACACAGGACGAGGUGAGAGGAGAACAUUUUAAUUACGAUCGCCUCGGAGCUAGAAAACUCACCAGGGCUACAUGUAAAACAUUUCUGAAUGCCAGAGAGAGUAGCUCACACAACUGCUGACCAGAGUCGCUCAGAUCAGUUUUGAACUCAACACAUCAAACAAAAGAACUAGAGUCAAACAAAAGAAAACUCUUGUUGGGACUGAGUUUUAGAUUAAUAAGACCUCUUACGUAAGCGCCCACAUUGUGAGAAAGUGCUUUUCUGUCGAAGCUCACGUAUUUCUGAGGCCUAAACACCUGCGAGACUCUUCCGUCUCUGUGCAACCGAGCAAGAUUAAGUUUUAAGAUGAAUGCCUCCUUUAAUCAAUAACAAAGGAUUUACUCACUGAAAGAAAUCACCGAUUGGUUUCUAAAGCCAACACAAACAAGACGGUUCAGAUUUAGCAGAGAAAAAAAUUUCUUAUGGUUUUUCAGUGUUGAUAUGAUUGAUCCAAAACCAUCGAAAUUACAUCCUCAUGUUCAGCCAGCCUUUGAAUUUAGUCCAGGUUUCAGUUUCUUCAUACAUUUGGGCUCCACAACGACAGAGCAUUUCACAGAGCAUCACAGUUAUUCCCCCCCCCCCAAAAAAAAAACCCAACCCGAAAACCAAGACCCUGCUCAGUGAAACAAAAAUGUCAGUUUUGCCUUUAAGACUGAAUUUACUCUUCAUACACUGAAUUUGGUUCAAAUUUAAAACCCUCUUUUUGUCUCCAAAUAUCUUGAAAGGACAAACCGACUGAGCCUGAUAUCUUCACAUUGCACCCGGAAAGCACUGCAGAUGCUUCCACGCGGCUCGGUUUGGAUAUUACGUCCCGCCGACACAUACUGUACAUAAAUAAAAGCGCCGCAUUAUUAUGAGGAUAAAAGCCCGAGUGUUUAUUGUAAUAUCCACAGCGUUAGAUAACGGCAGAAACUCGUUUUAUGUCUUAAUCUCCUUAUAAACAAGGUGCCCUGUGAGGAGCGCUGCAGAACUGUUGAGCGGUGACGCAGUUUGCUUUUGCUGUGAAGUGUUUUCGUGCUGCAAAUUCAAUGAACGCAGUGUUUACCUGCGUCCAUAUAUUUAGAAACCGGUCUGAGAUAUGAGACAAAUAAAACAAAAAAAGCUUAAUCUGUUUGUGUCUGUUGGAAAUACAGCUAAUGUAAGCACAAAGGUCAGAUUACUGGGUUUACAGCGAGGAUGACCACAUGACCACGAAGCACUUUUAGUAGUUAAUACAGAAGCAACUAUAACUGGUCAUACGUGUAACUCUACCACAAACCAGUGAUAUCCUUGCUGGGUUUCUCAAGACAGAGAUUACAGGGCUCAACCAUCUUUCAUCAAAGUACAAGACAUAUGACUUUUUUUAUUAAGUGUGGACUUAUCUCUUCGGUUGUUGAUGGAAAACAGGUUCUAGCUUAUCCAAAUUCAGGCCAUGAUGCUUUUAUCAUAUCCCAAAAUGUCUGACUGAGGGUCUGAGUUCUUCUGGAUUCUGAGGGAAAUUGCACCAGUUAACAAAUUGGCAGUAAUGAAAUGGCAGGACGAAUGACUAAAUAGUUGCAGCCCUAAUGGAAAACAAGACAAAUUUUUUGGAACAUUGUGUAAUUUCCCCCCUCGCUCUGUGAUAAAUGCUCUGUGUGUUGUGUCUCAGUAAAACGCAUUCGAACACGUGAAAUUAGACAAAACACAAGCAAACAAACUAAAUGUUUCCACCAAUUCCGCAACACGUUUGCAACAUUUAGACAAAACCGAAAAUGGGAAAAUUGCCGUCAUCGACAGGUUCGGCAGUAAAUGUGCUGCAAAUGCAGAAAACACACUCUGAUGCAAAGCGCCCGCUUCUUUAUUCGGCCGUUGUCUAUAUUCCCAGCACGUUCUGUCCAGUUGCAGGUGCGCACUGAAUGUGGUGAAGAUGAUUGCUUCAUUUAAUUGUGUUUCGUCUAUUUGCAUGUUUUGGUUAAUUACGGAGCGUUAGCUUCUCUGGGCCUGCUGUAAUCCUCGCAUCCUAAGUAUGAUUUAAAAGCCCGCAGACGGUCAUAAAGAUGAAACGUGCUGUUUUUCGGGACGCGCCGAGCACAGAAAGAUAAUUAGUAUGUGUCCUUUUACCUACAGUAUGCAGACCAAUUACUGUAGCCAAUAAUUUUGUCAUGAACAGACUGCAUGUGGGGCCCUGCACAAUUUCCUCCCCAAAGCAAACCUUCAAAUUUACAGGUCAAGAAACAGUGAGCAUGUGUGAAUAUCACUUUCAAGCAAACGGGCCUCUUUAUGCACAACAUUUCUAAUUUAGCACUUUGCAACUGGGUCAGAAACUCUUAACCCUGUGAAACCGACGUGACAGUUGUUUCUGAUCAUUACUCCAGGAGAGAAUUUGACAGGACAGAGACGGGGUUCAAAACCAGGAUAAUCAGGCGUCUAUGCAAGCUGGUGCAGAUUGGUCAGCUACAAGUAACGGCGGUCACAAUCCAGCAUAUCUACUAUUAGUCUCGAUGAUUCUCACGAUCGCCUCACUUGCAGUGAAAAUGCUGUCUACGUGCAGCCACGAGAGGUGUUUCUACAUGCUUGCUGCUCUGCUGCUGCAGUGUGAUGAUGACAAUGAUGGCGAUUCUGUUUUUUGUUUAGCGGGUUGAGUUUACAAAGGAGGGAUAAUCAUCAUUGAUCAGUGCAGAGAAACUGGCAGUAGUUAUUCAUGAAUAUGUAAAAUAUUUCUACAGUUCAGGUGUUGAGAAAUAUCCAUGUGAGUUUUGGCCAGCCUUGCUUUUAUUCUGCAUGAUGCUUUGUUUUGAGAAAUAUGCAUCCUAAUCCAAGGUAUGUUUGUAUUCCUUUCCCGAGGGUGCGCCUCUCUUUCUCCUUCACACUCUCUCUCUCUCUCUCUCUGUAUCUUUGGAGCUUGUCACUUUCUGACCUUAAUUGUCCUGUUUUGUUUUCUUCUUUGUUUUAUUUAUGAUUUUUUUUUUGUUUGUUUAGUUUUUUGGGGGGUAAGCCUUCCAACUUCUGGAUUUUCUACAUUCAUAACAUUUUGUAGACAGCAAUAUGAGAUGUGAUUGAAAUGGAAUAUGUGCAAUGUUGA